AAAAAGAGUGACGAGUUUUUUUUUCAGAUAAUCAUUAGCUUUGGCAUUUACUGUGGGAAAAUAUUUAUAAUUAUUUUAACAUGUAUCAGACCUCGAAAAUGUGUUACAAAAUGACCAGAAAACAUUUUCUAAGAUGAUAAUAGGUUGAGGAUAUCGAUUCGUGUGCCCGCCACAAGUCACGUGAUACCAAUUAAUGUUAUUUAAAUCAGAAGCUGAGAUGUUCUUCAAUAUUUCUUAUAUAAAAUAUUAAAUCCAACCCCUUGAGUAAAGGAAAGUGUACAACAGCUUAUUAAGAAUAAUCAAGAAAUAACGUGUACUUAUCGUUUGGAUUUACAGAUGAAUUAAUGGUACAACAAACAAACCUGAACUGAUUGAAAGCAUACAUAUGUUAAGAAGGUAUCUUAUUUUUGACAACGGGAUUAUGUCUUCACAUGUAAGAGAGUACAUUAAACGUGUCGCAUCCAUUGACCAGGAACAGUAUCCAGAAUGGAAUUUACAGAAGCCUUUACCAAAACUGCCUGUUCCCGAUCUCAGUAGAACAUUAGAAAAAUAUAUCGAAAUCAUACAACCAAUUUUAACGCCGUCUCAAUAUGCUAAAACGAAAGACAUCGUACGAGACUUUGGAAAACUUGGAGGAGAAGGAGAAUUUUUACAAACGAAACUUAAAGAAUAUUCUGAAACUAAAGACAACUGGGCCUACAAUUGGUGGCUAGACGACAUGUACAUGAAGGUACGAUUACCAUUGCCUAUCAGCUCUAAUCCAGGGAUGGUGUUUCCUAAACAGCAUUUUGUAGACAGAGCUCAACAGCUAAGGUAUGCUUCAAGGUUGAUAUCUGGCAUCUUGGAUUACAAAACCAUCAUUGAUGCGCGUGGGUUACCUAUUGACAGAGCCAGACACAAGGAAAAGGGACAACCACUAUGCAUGGAGCAAUAUUACAAACUAUUUACAUCAUACAGAAUCCCUGGUGUGAAGAAAGAUUCUUUAAUCUCUAACCAUACAAACUUAAUGCCAGAACCAGAACAUAUCAUUGUCAUAUGCAAAAAUCAGUUCUUUGUGUUGGAUGUAAUAAAUAAUUUUACUAGACUGAGUGAGGGCGAUCUGUUCACUCAGCUAGGAAGGAUAUAUAAAAUGGCAGAAGAAAACGCAGCCAAGGCCGAGCCAAUCGGCAUUCUUACCGCGGCUUACAGAGAUCAAUGGUCGAUAGCAAGGGCAAAGCUAAUGGAAGAUUCAACAAAUCGUGAUUCCUUAGAUGCAAUAGAAAGAUGUAUAUUUGUACUGUGUUUAGACAAAGGUAUUCCAUUGUUAUUCAAUCACCAGAACAGUAUAGAUGAAACAAAUAAAAAUAUAAGAGAUGAUGUUUCUCUUGCCUUCCAAAUGUUGCAUGGCAUGGGGACAAACCUAAAUGGUGCAAACCGUUGGUACGAUAAAACUAUGCAGUUUGUGAUCUCUGAAGAUGGUGCUUGUGGAUUGAACUAUGAACAUUCACCGUCAGAAGGAAUAGCAGUUGUGCAAUUGAUAGAACAUUUACUACGUUAUAUGGAAGAGGUGCGUGCAAAACGACUCGUCCGGAUGAAUUCUGUUUGUGAACUUGCUAGUCCAAGGAAAUUACAAUGGAAAGUAUUUCCAGAAAUCGUUGAUUCUUUUAAUGUGGCGUCAAAACGUUUAGAUUGUAAAAUUGAGGAUCUUGAUCUUUACAUAUUAAGAUUUGUGGAAUUCGGAAAAGAGUUUCCAAAGUCAAUGAGUAUGAGUCCAGACUCCUUCAUACAACUAUCUUUACAAUUAACAUUUUACAAAAUUCACAGAAAACUUGUGUCUACUUAUGAAAGUGCAUCAACUCGUCGGUUUAGACUUGGCAGAGUAGACAACAUAAGAGCCAAUUCUCCAGCUGCGCUUGAAUGGGUAAAAGCCAUGAUAGGAGAAGUGUUAGUGUCUGAUAUGGAGAAAAUGGUUCUUUUACGCAAAGCUAUGCAAAAACAAACUGAAAUUAUGACUGAGAAUAUUUUGGGACAAGGAACAGAUUGCCAUCUUCUUGGUUUAAGGGAAAUGGCAGUGGAAUUAGGACGUUCUGUUCCAGAUUUAUUCCUUGAUGACGGUUUCAGGAUUGCCAAUCACUUUUCAUUAUCAACGAGUCAGGUUCCAACUACUAUGGACGCAUUCAUGUGUUAUGGACCCGUUGUACCGGAUGGAUACGGUGUGUGCUACAAUCCACACCCUCACAAUAUUCUUGUUUGUAUCACAUCUUUUAAAAGUCACUCGGAAACAAGAUCUGAUUAUUUUGCAUAUACAUUAGAAAGCAGUUUCCUUCAAAUGCAGGAACUUUGUUUGAAAACGUCGGAAGCAGCACGUCCACUGCAGACCGUUCAAGAAAACUUACAUGAAAUUCAAAAUUCUACAGACAUGCGUAACGGAAGUGUUUCUCGAUUACACAAUGGAGAUUGUCAUGGAUCUCCUAGUAGGAGUCCUAGACAUUUAGCGAGGUCAAAACGAGUUGGAAGUUCAAGUAAUGAGGUAAAAACUCAAAAAUAGAUUGAUGAAUCGCAACAUCAAUUGUUUACCACAGCAUCGUAGCAACUGAAUGUAUUGGUUGAUUGUUAAUAGGGACUUUCUCAAGAUGAAAGAAUAACUAACUGUAAAAGAAGCAUGAGAAUACCAUGCAUCCGUUUUUCAUUAAAAUAUACGCAGCGCCAUGCACAUAUUGAGUACAUCUCUCUAUAAUAUUAUAAACAAUGAUUUUCGGAUCAUGGUUCGUGUCUUUAAAAGUUCUACAUAAUGAUGACAAUCAGAAUUAAUGUUUUGAAGAAUUCAUAGUCCAAAGAAAUGUAUGCCUUCUAUCUUGUCUUAUUCAUAUUAGAAAUGAAACCUAUGUUUUCUAUAUUGGGUAGUAUGAAUUCAAUGCUAAAACGAAUUAUAACUUAAAAACGUAUCUAACGGAUUCUUGUAAAUCAAUCGAGUUAAACAAAAAUAUUAACUAUAAUAAGUAGCAUGCAUGUAUAAGAAAUUAAAAACAAAAGAAAGACUACUCAAAAAUCUUGAAAAAAUGAAGCCACUGCAUUUUUUGUUAACAUCAGAGAAACAAAUAAAUUUUACGACUUUUGGGGGUCUCAUAGAAUAAUUUAUAUAUUUGUUGUUAUACAAUUAUAGUCUGUGAUUUCUUAAAUGUUAAUAUUUGUUAAAUGGACCUCAUGUUAAAUUUACUAACUUCUGUGAUAAAUACAUAUUAAUAGGCAGAUUUUCCUUCUUCGUUCUUUAGGACACCAUAUAUUGUAGGUACACACCUUUCUUAAAGAAUAUUGAAUAUCACUAAAGGGUUUUGCACACCUCUGUUCUGUGUUUCAUGCCAUUAAACGUCCAACACGAAAUAAAAUUAUAGCGAAUAGAAAAAUAGUUACAAACAGUCAUAUUAGCUUAUAUUAUAGUAGCUUCCGUAAAUGAUGAUUAUCACAAACUCCGAAAUCAAAAUAAUUUUCAAUUUUUGAUGUCCGUCUAAGUAAACUCAUCACAGAUACCUGGUUGAAAUUUUUAUACGCCAGACGCAGGUUUUAAUAUCCCUUAAAUAAACCAAAUUAUCAGUCAUUAUCGAGUAUGUAUGAAGAGAGUAUGAAGAGAGUUGAAUAUAUACUUGUCAACAAAAGAAACGAUACAAGACUUUUUUUUCAAAUUAAAGAUAAAGUUUUUCCUUCAUUGGACCAAUAUUGAAGGUAGUAAUACUUAAUCAUUAUGGAAAUAUAAAUCCGUUAAAAAAAAAUUAUUUUUUUGCUUUUGUGACGUUUUUUUGCAUUUAUUUUUUUUUACAAAAUUUACAUAAAACGACAAUUUAAAAAAAAGAAGUUCCAACUAAUGAUGCAAACUUCUCAUUUAAAAGUAAAGACAGUGUUUGCCAUAAAUUUGUUUUUAAAAAUCAUACAGUUUCUUCGUUUAUUUGUUAAGCAAAGUUCGGCCCCACGAGAAAUCGUUAAAAUGUAUACAUUAUCAACUGAUAUACCAUAGACAGUAUGUGUAAAAAGAUAUUCAAAAAGCGAUAGCAAUCUUAAAACUAGUCCGAAAGGUUCCAAAUUUACUGUGUGUGUUUUUCAUAUCUAAAGCAUUUAUUUGAGACG